AUGUUAAUAUCACCAUCCAAGAUUCAUUUCACCUUAACUUCCCUCCUUUCCCCCUCUUCGUCCAUCGGACCUCAUACUGCACUGUUAAUUUACCCGAACGGUCAUCUGGUAUCUUCAGCAUGUGUAGACGAGUCAUCCACAGAUGAUGACCAGGAUCAAGUUGAAGACCAAGAUGGUACAGCAGAAGACGAGGAUGAAGAUGAAGAUGAAGAUGAGGAACCAUACUUGGAGAGACAGGAGAGAACAAGGUUGUUAUUGGGAUUAGCUAGUCAGUGGGCAAGGGACGAUAGUGGUAAGAUAGAGUGUGAGCUUGGUAGACUUCAUUUCACUUACAUCGCUCUCCCACCUUCCGACCCAGUCUCUUCAAUAGGUAAAGAAUCGUUACCAUCCGUCAAACCUCAAAAUGUAGAUGGUUUCGUACUGGUUCUGAACGCUACGAAGGAGGUAGAUUGGAAAGUACUGAUUUCCAAGUCUGACGAAUUCGUAGAUAAGUGGAAAUAG